AUGCAUUAUUUUAGAAAGAAUGGUGGUUCAAAAUUUGUUGGUUCUGACGAUUACUUUAUGAAGCCAAGCGGGAAAGGAUUACGUCCCAGUCCUUCAGUUAAUACACUGAAUCGUUUAGAAAGGCAGAGAAUAGUUUUAUGGAAACGGCCUUUGCAGACGACAUAUUUCGCUACUAGAGAAUCAACGCAUUUGUUCAUCCAAUUCUUACAUUACAUAUCAGUGAUCUUUCUUUUGCUCGUAUCUUACGGCCUUUAUUGGACGUGUAAGGUCCCAGGUCGUCAUCAACCAUAUAUUGAUAUACUUCGCAAGAAUGGCUUGAACUUUUGUUCUUGGAUUGGACUUGGCAUUCUUUCUUCUGUUGGGCUAGGUUUUGGCUUGCACACGUUUUUACUGUAUCUUGGGCCGUUUAUUGCUCAGGUAACUGUUGCUGCGUAUGUUUGCCAGUCGCUGGACUUUCCUGAGCCACCAUAUCCUAACCAGUCGCAGGCCGCAGUUACCAUGUGGGCAAUUAUGUCUAAGGUUCGCUGGGAAGCAUUAUGUUGGGGAGCGGGUACUGCUUUGGGUGAAUUACCACCGUAUUUUAUGGCUAAAGCUGCAAGAAUUUCUGGUGAAGAACCUGAUGACGAAGAAUACAGGUGCUCUCAUUUUGAAUGCUGUUUUUCUUUGGCUGUUUUUUCAGCAGCAGUUCUGGUUGAAAGAUUCAUGACCGGUUUGAUCGACAAAAUCGGGUUCUUUGGGAUUUUACUUUGUGCUUCGAUUCCGAACCCACUUUUUGAUUUAGCAGGCAUUACUUGCGGGUAUCUACUAAUUCCAUUCUGGACAUUCUUUGGCGCAACAUUAAUUGGGAAAGCUUUAAUAAAGAUGCAUUUACAGGGGACCGAUACCGUUCAACAGAUAUUUUCCAUUCUCAUUGGAUUAAUGUUUGGAUAUUUUGUGAUUUCAAUAAUAAAUUCACUCGCACAGCGAUGGCACAAGAGGCUCUGUGCAGCUGAGAGAAAAAAGUUGUUGUAA